CUACAAAUUCAACAAUAACCACAACAAUGUCUACUACAACAACUACAACUACAACAUCAACAACUACAACUACAACGAGAAGAACUUCCGUCUUUGUUCCAUUUGUACCAUUUUUUGAAGGAGCAGUUGUCGGUAUUGAGACCCCUACACCUAUGGCAGAUAUUGCAGAUACUGUAGUUCUAACAGGAGUUGCUGGAGAUUUACCCCAUAACUUAUCAACCACCUCAGGCUCAAUUAAACAAGAUACUAUUGUAACAGAAGCAUCGGAAACACUUGGAGCUGUAACACUAACUGGAGCAAUUGGUCUUCCAACUAUACCUAUCCAGGAAGAAUCAACUUCAACAACAACAACAGUUUUACCAUUAGCACAUGCAUCGAAUAAUGCUGUUCUUCCAACAACAACAAAAUCAACCAUAACAACAUCAACAAGAAAACCAACAACAACUACCACUAGAAGAUGGGGCCUGCUUCCUAUCAAUAUUACAUUCCGAAGUAAGCUGCUAAACUCCACUAGUCUAAAUUCCACAGGGAAUGAGGAAAAAUUAACAAAUUCAGGGAAAAAUCUGACUUUCCUAGACGAGUUUUCAAGAUUUACCAGCCCUGUCAGAGAAAGUACUGAAUCAACAUCUUCAUUCUCUGGACCAAAAUUCACAGAUGAUGAGAUGAGGAAGUUAAAACCGAAAAAAGCUUCAAUUGAAAUUUUUAGUACUCCUAAAACAACAAGAACUAAAUCAGCAGCAACAACAAAAUCGUUUGUAAAACCGGCAUCAAAAUUAACAACCUUCACUACCACAACAACAACAUCACCAUCUACAACAACCACAACAACAACUACAACAACAUCACAAACUACUACAGAACAAUCAUCAACAGCAUCAACUCCUGUAGAAACAAGCACCAAGGGGUUUACUGUUAGUUCAGGAUUAAUGGAUUUUGCUUCAACCCUUGAAUCCGGGGGGAAUAUUAUUCUCUCAUCAGGACAACGGAUUCUAGAGAGUUUAUUCAACGGAAUAUUUGGUUAGAGGAAUUCAGUGGAAUUCAUUUCAGUGGAUACAGUGGAGUACACGGGGAUUCAGUGGAAUAUGUGGGGAUUCAGUUGAGUAUGUGGGGAUUCAGUGGAUUACAAAGGAUAAUAAUGAAGUACAUGAAAAUUCAGGGGAGUACCUCGGGAUACAGUGGAGUAACUUGGGAUACAGUGGAGUACCUGGGGAUACAGUGGAAUAACUGGGGAAACAGUGGAAUACCUGGUGAUACAGUGGAGUACCUGGGGAUAUAGUAGAGUAUCUUGUGGUAUUGUGGAGUACAUUGGGAUACAGUAGAGUAUCUUGUGGUAUUGUGGAGUACAUUGGGAUACAGUUGAGUAUCUUGUAGUAUAGUGGAGUACCUUGGGAUACAGUUGAGUAUCUGGGGAUUCAGUGGAGUAUUUUGGGAUACU